AUUUUGCUUCCCCGUUUGUUCAGCCGUCUCGUGUCGGAAUGACAGCUCGAGUGACAAGCUAGAAGACAAUUUUUCGAAUUUCUGUGCCUUUGUGCGGGUCAAUUUUGUUCUUGUUUUUCUCUGUGUUUGUGUAGAAUAUACUAAAUAAAAUCUUACACUGUUAUUCUGGUUAUAAUCUUGGUGCUGUGCGUGUAUUAUAGGAUUUAUAUUAAGUCAGCUGUUCAACAGCUGAUUCCACUACGAAUUUCCAAUUUUGGUAUCCAAUAUUGCUGAAAUAAAAAUCUACUUACGUUCGUACUUAAAAUAAGUACUUACCUAAUUAUUCCAAAUGUUAUAGUUGUCACUAUUUUAAGUGCCAAAUAUACGUAAAUUUUAAGUAAAAUGGAUCCUGGCUACUUCGACGUCGAAAGGAAACAGAAUCCCAAAGAAACUGCCAGUUGUUUAUCGAAGUUUUGUUAUUGGUACACAAGGCCAGUAUUCGCAAAGGGCAGGAAAGGUCAACUCAGCAUAUCCGAUGUAUAUAGGUGUACACCGGGACAUAGAGCUGCCCCUCGGGGUGAUGAAAUGGGGGUGCAAUGGAAGAAACAAUUGGAGAAAAGAGAAAAAGGCAAAAACCCAUCACUGCUUCGAGCUAUUAUCUGCGUGUAUGGGCUCCAGUUCAUCAUAGGAAAUAUUAUUUAUGCCAUCGUAGACGCCGCUAUAAGGCUAUCAAUACCGAUGUGCUUAGAAGGUCUGAUCAACUACUUCUCACCAGCUCACGCGGGCGUCACGGCUGAAGCUGCCUACUUAUACGCCAUUGGUGUUGUCAGUUUCAUGGCGUUGAGCGCUAGUUUCGUACACCCCAUGUUGCUAUGGUUACUGCAUAUGGCCAUGAAAGUCAGGGUUUCAUGCGGGUCCUUAAUAUACAGAAAGCUACUCCGCCUAGAUUUAACCAAAGGCGGGAAAGCGUCCGAAGGUUUAGCCGGCCACGUGGUCAACCUACUAACAACAGACGCACAAAGAUUCGAUAUGGCUAGCCUGUUUAUGAUGGAUUUAGUGAGAACGCCCAUAGAGAGCGCUCUGAUCGUCUACCUAAUGUACCGACAGAUUGGUGUGGCUACCCUCAUAGGAGUGGCCUUUUUACUCAUGUUUAUUCCUUUACAAGGCUACCUCGGCAAAAUAACAAGCAAGCUUCGUCGCCAGACGGCCGUACGGACAGACAACCGCAUCAGACUCAUGAAUGAAGUCAUACAGAGCAUAGAAGCCAUCAAGAUGUACGCCUGGGAGAAUGCCUUCGCCAAAAUUAUUGGGAAGGCUAGAAAAAAAGAAAUGAGCGUAAUAAAAAAGAUGUCAUGGCUCCGAGCUGUCAUGAUUUCCUGCGUUAAACUGAACACAAAAGUCGCCAUUUUGCUCAGUAUAAUGUCAUAUAUUUCGUUCGGAAACGAUUUAACCGCCGCUAAAGUCUUCGUAGUAUUUUCCUACUAUGAAAUUUUGAAAUAUACGCUAGUAGAUUUUCUGCCUUUGUCAAUAACUUUUACGUUAGAAGCGUAUGUGAGCGUGAAAAGGAUACAAGAGUUUCUGUUGUUGCCUGAAGUCGAUAACCAGGAUGGGGUCGAUCUGAUGACUCUUGAAGAAAAAACUCCUAUUCAAGCUAAUGGCGUUUUUGAGAAGAUUGGUAAUGGCCAGCAAGCGUACAUAAAGUCAGAAAGCAACUUGGAACACCUGAAGCCACAUGUUUUGAUAGCCAUGAAGGACUACACCGCUCACUGGAAGAAUGUAGACGAUGAUACCAUAGACGGCAAGAUACCGGCCCUUGUGGAUAUUAAUUUAGCUAUAAAACCAGAAACUCUAACGACCGUAGUGGGCACAGUCGGGUCGGGCAAGUCUACUCUCCUACAAGCGAUGCUAAGAGAGCUCUCGCCUACCAGUGGACAUCUGUCCGUCAAUGGCGUGCCGGCCUACGCUUCACAAGAACCUUGGCUUUUUGAGGCAUCUGUUCGUCAAAACAUUCUAUUCGGUCAAGACAUGGAUCUUCGCAGAUACAAGCAAGUUAUCAAGUGUUGCCAACUCAAGACUGAUCUCGAAAUAUUGCCGCAUGGAGACAAAACUGUCGUGGGAGAACGAGGUGCAUCAUUAUCCGGUGGUCAGCGAGCGAGAAUAUCAUUGGCUCGCUGUGUUUACCAGAACGCCGAUGUUUACUUACUCGACGAUCCGCUAGCUGCUGUUGAUGCCAAGGUAGCCCACGCGAUAUACGAGGACUGUAUCCGCACGUUCCUGCGCGACAAGGCGACCGUGCUGGUGACGCACCACGUGCAGUACGCCAAGCAUGCGCACUGUGUCUGUGUCAUGCGCUCAGGACGGAUCGUAGCACAAGGCACUUACCACGAAUUGAAGAAUGGCGUGGCAGAAUUUGAGAAACUCAUUGAAAUGGGAGAGAAGGUUGAAGAGGAAAAACAGAAGAAAGCAUCCACUUAUGAGAACACUGAGAGCAUUGAACACAGUUACAAACUAAGAUCGCAGCGGUCCAUGUCCGAGGCUUCACAACUCUCCUUUAAUCUAGAUCUAGACAAUAAUUUAGACCCUAAAUAUGAAGGUGAAUCCCAAAAGAAAGGUUCCGUAGACAACAGUGUCUAUGUCUCGUACAUCCGCAGCGGCGGCAGCACGUUGUCUAUGGCGCUGCUAAUACUACUGUUUCUACUGGCACAAUGCUUCUACUCGUCUACUGAUGUCUGGCUUAAAGAGUGGGUUAACCUAGAAGAAGCCAACAGCGCGUUGGUGAUAGCCAACAGAAAUGCUAAUGAAUCCGGAGCCGCACCACCUCCACCUAUAAUCUUCGAAGACAUACCAAGCAAUCGUUUCGGGUUAACUCGAGAGCAGUGCCUAUACAUUUACGGCGGUCUCAUCGGAAUCUGUAUAGUGUUUACGUGGAACAAACUCGUCAUAUUCUACAAUACUUGUAUUAAAGCUUCCGUUACUUUGCAUGAUAAUAUGUUUAGGGGUGUAACCAGUGCUCCAAUGUGGUUCUUCCACCACAACCCGUCAGGUCGCAUCCUCAACAGGUUCUCCAAGGAUAUGGGACAAGUAGACACACUGCUGCCAGUGGCUUUGGUCGAUUGUCUUGGGUUCUUCCUAGAAGUCAUAGCGAUCCUGGUAGUGGUAUGCCUGGUGAACUGGUGGCUGCUGCUGCCGACCGCCGUGGUGGCUGUGCUGCUGUUCCUCAUGCGGGACCUGUUCCUCAACACCAGCCGGGAGCUCAAGAGGAUUGAGGCUAUAGCUCGAAGCCAGUCCCUCAACCAUCUCUCAGCGACCGUCUCCGGGCUGACCACCAUCAGGUCAGCUCGGCAGCACCAGCGGACCCUGGCCAGGGAGUUCGACAAGCAGCAGGACCUGCACUCCUCGGCGUGGACGCUGGUGCUCAGCACCAAUAGGGCGUUCGGCUUCUGGAUGGACAUGCUCUGCUGUGUUUACUUGGCUUUCGUCACAUUUAGUUUCUUUUUGUUUGCUGGGGAAGACACGCUGGGAGGUAACGUGGGUCUAGCCAUAACGCAAGUAAUAGGCCUAGUCGGCAUGUGUCAGUACGGCAUGCGACAGACCGCAGAGGUCGAGAAUCAGAUGACGUCGGUGGAAAGGAUAUUAGAAUAUACUAAUCUACCCGCGGAGAAACCAGUAGAAGUGGAUAAAGAGGCUUUGAGGAAAGAACAUCCUAAUCUAGACUUUGAGAAAUGGCCUACACAAGGCGAGAUAGUAUUCGAGGACGUAUCCCUGGAAUACGAGAAGCCGCCCGGCGUGACCGGAGAGCCGGCCUACGCCAUCAAGGGCGUCAACUUCACCGUCAGACCCGCUGAGAAGGUCGCCGUCGUCGGACGUACAGGGGCAGGGAAGAGCUCGCUGCUUAGCGCGCUGUUUAGACUAGCUCGCGUGUCAGGCUCCGUUCGUGUGGACGGCGUGUCGGCGCAGACGGUGGGGCUCCGCGCGUGGCGCUCGCGGCUGUGCGCGUUGCCGCAGCGCCCCGCGCUGUUCGCCGCAGCGCUGCGCGACAACCUCGACCCGGAGGGGUUGUAUUCCGAUGCUGAUAUACAUAGGGCUUUGGAUCAGGUGGAACUCCAAGAGAUGGUGAGCAACAUGCCAGCAGGCCUCAACACCAAAGUAGGGGACGGCGGGGGCAACCUCUCCGCGGGACAGAGGCAGCUCAUAUGUCUGGCGAGAGCCGCGCUCGCUGGCUGUAAAGUGCUCAUACUGGAUGAGGCGACCGCUAAUGUUGAUACUGACACGGACAAGCACAUACAGCGCACUAUCCGCACGAAGUUCGCGCGCUCCACCGUGCUCACCAUCGCGCACAGGCUCAACACCGUCAUGGACUACGACAGGGUCAUCGUCAUGGACAAGGGUCGUGUAGCAGAAUCGGGACAUCCGUACGAGUUAUUAACUCAAGCCAAUGGACAGAGGAAAGACGACAACACGCCUAGAAACAGAUUGCUGUCAAAAACACAGGUGAAUCAGGCGCCGCUGGCCAUACCUGAGAACUUUACUUACGAGCCGAGUCCUACACAAAGUGAUCAGAACAACGAAACUCUAGUGCUACCCAGAGAUAGAAUACGCACUUAUUCUGGACGUUCUGAAUUAUCCGAGCCGGAGAGUGGGGGCAUUUUCAAGGCUUUGGUAGAACAAACCGGACAAGAAACUGCGGCUUUGCUUUACCAAAUGGCUGCAGAGAGUUACAAUAAAAUGUUGGAGUCGAAGAAAACCACGUGAAACGCAUAGUUUAAUGACUUAAUACAUUCCUUCCAAAAGCCUUUUAUAUAAUGGCUGGCCAAUGUAGGCUAAAUCUUACUAAUAUGAUAAAUAUUAAGUUAUGCGCAAUACGGCUGGACCGAUUUCGAUGAAAUUUGAUAUGGAGAGAGUUUAAUACUUGGGGAAGGAGACAGUAUUGUCUAUAAGGCUUCAAAAUAUAGGUAAGGUAAGUUUUUCAAAAUUGAAGCGAUUUUUUUUUAAUUUCAAAAUUGUGAAGUUAGUGAAAAAUCUAUGCAGAAUUAACUUUUGAGCAAUACUUUAUAGGUGCUAAAUAAAAUAGUUAUAUUAUGGUGCAUUUUUUAAUUCAUAAAGUAAUAAUAAUUUCAAUAGGAAAUACAUUUUUGUCGGUAAAAUGUAUUUUCGAUUUCAAAAUGCGUGAUUUUUUAGCUCUGAAAUUCCAAACUAAUCCAAAAUGAAAUUUAAAAAAAUUUUCAAAAUCAAUAUUUCUUUGCACAUACGUACUUAUCAUUGGCCAGCCGAGUAAAAAGGCUUGUUAACAACGCUGCCAUUUUUUGGUAAUAUUUUUACCACCAGUAUUUAAUUGUAAUUAUUAUACAAAUUAAUAUAAUUAUAUCAAUGCCAUUAGUAAAUAAUUAGUGUCAAUUUUAACAUGCCUUACGCCUUUGUAUAAGUUUCAUAAGUUACUGAUAAAGUCUCUGAUAGCUUAUCUGACAGAUAAACUAGAACUUUUGGUUUUACCGGUCUGGGAUAGCAAUAUCUGGCAGAAAUUAUAAACAGCCUUUAUCUGACAGAUAACGUUAUCUAUCAGAUAACUAACUGACACUUUUAUCGGUAACUAGUGAAACCGGGCCUUACUUAAAAUAUUACUUGAUAUAAGUUGUACCAUUUUACUAUAACCGAACCAUUUUCAGUUGUCAAAUCGCCGAUGUGACCAAUGAGCGGCAAGUAUACGGCUGGUUAUGGUUUGGUUAUCGUUCUAGUUAAAUGGUGCAACUGUGUCUUAGUUUCACAACCGGACUAACGAACAAAUGAUUAUGCAAUUACUAAAUUAAUAUACCUCCAGUUCUUGUCAUAUAACUUUGCCGCCCUGAAGUUGUCCACUGGUAACUUUACUAUAGUCGAAAGGUAGGAACAAAAGACUACAGCUGUUGUCAUAUAACUCUACCACGCUGAAGUUAGUUUACCAUAUGAUGCCUUGUGCAUGAUAGGUAAUAUUUUUUUACUCCUGUGAAAACAAUAGUAGCCAACUUCAGUCAAGCAAAGCUUUUUAAAGUUAAGGUCAAAUCAUUUUAUUUCAUUGAAGCCUCCACUAGCACUUAUGAACGUCAAAAAUAUAAAUAAGCUUGAUUCUAGUUGCCAAUUCCAAAAGUAGCUUCCUAUGGAGAAGAACGGGCAAGAAACUCCAUGGUUACAUGGUUUCGCCAAUAUUGGUAGGAACAAAUGCGUAAAAAAUUAAGUACUUAGCUAAAUUCAGGAAUGCAAAGUUAAUUGGCGCAAACAUUAAUCUGAAGUUAGCAGGAUGCCUUGCACAUGCGCAAUAGUGUUUUGUUCAUACAUUUUGGCGGUUGCGAAGUCACAAGCAGCUAACUUAUUUCAUAGAGGCAAAGAUAUUUGACGAGAACUGUAGAUAAGUCUUAUCUAGAAGUUUUAGAUACCCAACAAAUAUGUUAUGUGUAUUUGCAAAUUGAGGAAAAUGUAUGUGGAUCUAUAUUCAGGUUGUAUAAAAAAAUGCUUAAGUAUUUAGUUUUUGUUGAAAUUUACACAUACUGUAUAUGAAAUCUUAUAGACUGCUUCGUAGCAUUAACGGUUGCUAAGCAUAAGGUAUCGGGUUCGAUUCCCAUGCUAAGCAAAAUUAGGUGCUGAUCAGUUAGAAACCCGCCGUAGUCAAUUAAAUGUAAAAUUUUGCCUUUUAUACCAAUAAUCACGAAAUAGCUCGAAUCUUCUUCUUAUCGAGUAGGCUGUAGGCUUAAUCACCUAACAAGCCCUAGUGUCAGAGUUUUCUCAAAUCCGCCGAGACGGGCUCUGACGUGGAAUUGUAACAACGAUUGAUACCUCGAAUAUGAAUAUUAUUUUUAUAGUACUGAGAAUAACCGCUCCAUGUGGCACACUGGUACUCAGCUGCAUCCGGUUAGACUGGAAGCCGACCCCAACAUAGUUGGGAAAAGGCUAGACAAAUAAUCAAAAAUCUUAACAAUUCCAUACUAGAUUACUUAUGAAUUAUUACACUGAAAAACUUGAACUUUUAAUAGAAAAAACAACAAUAUUUUUUUAUUUGAUUAAUUUAUAAAUACUUAACAAACAAUGUGAUAUAAAUCGACUGUUACCAGUAUUUACUUAAAUAUAGCAGUAACGAAUAUUUUACGUUUUACAUAUUUCUUCGAAUUUUUAACAGUGAAUUGCACAAUUUAACUAUAUCAACGGUAACCGAACCAUUUUCAGUUGUCAAUGAUGUCCUCCUAGCCGAUUAUCAGCUACGGCGUCUGUUCUCAUGUAAGGAGAUCAGCCAAUAGCGCAGGACAUAUUACAGUGCAGGCACAUUUGCUUGCACACAGGUGCACUCACUAUUCCUUCACUCUCAUAGCGCGAUGGGGGGCAACCCGACACCACCGGAGAGAGAUCACAAGCAGGAUCGACAUUAACGUGCUCUCCGAUGCACGGGUGUAUCAAUCACCAACUUCCAGACUACGGGCUGCUACGUGAAAGUCUUCUAAAACCCACAAAGCGAUUUCGGCCAAUAGGCGGCAAGUAUACCUACGGCUGGUUAUGGUUUGAUUAUCGUUACAAUUAAAUGGUGCAACUCACCCUUACCAAUUAAGUUUUUGUACUGAAAUACAGUUCUGUGCCUUUUAGAAUAGAAUUAGCUAUUCUAAUAAUAGAGAAAAGAAACUGUAAGUCUGUAUGUGAAGAGCAAUCUCUGAAAGUGCUGAACCAUUUUUUCACUUAGCUAUAUUGUUCUAGAGUGCUAUUUACUAGUUUUAUAUGCUUAUAACUAGAGUGAUUAUGUGGGUAAAGUAUAAUCUAUACUGAAUAAUGAGAAAAAGAGGAAACAUUUUGUUUGUUUGUGCCUCAUAGGCUCCGGAACUACUGAACCGAUUUGAAAAAUUCUUUCACUAUUUUAAAGCUACACUCUUCCCGAGUAACAUAGGCUAUAUUUUAUCCUGGUACGGACAGUAGUAUCCACAGGACGCGGGUGAAACCGCGGGAAAUUGUCUAGGAUUAAAUUUGUUGAUUUUGCAGGUCCAAAACUUAUUCAAAUUUACUUAAUAGAAAAUUAAGUAUGUAUAUAAAAAAUACUGUACUUAGGCAAUUUGUAACAUAGUUAUAGUUAUUUAAUUUCAAUUAUAAUAGUUAGCCGUUGCAAAUGUAAUUAUUUUGUCAAUUUUAAAUGUAUGUAAUUUAAAAAAUAUUAUGUAUCUAGUAAAAUUAUUAUUAUUGUCAAAGAAAUUAAAUGGAAUUUCAUUAAGAAAUAGGUUGCCACGGAGGAAGGAAAGAUAGCGGAGAUGCCAUAAGGAAGGUAGGUCAGGCGCCUUCUUGUAGGUCAAGCAACGUAUAGUAGGCGUGAUCAGUUACUAGAACUAACGAGGCGUUCGGGUUCCUUGUAAAAUUAAAACCAAUCUAUCAAAGAUUGGUCUUGAUUCUUUGGUGAUUUUAUUUUGAAAAUAAUGAAGGCGUGUAAGAGCGGAGCUAGUAACAUUCCCCGUCCCCCUCGCCCCGCAUGUUGUCGCGCUACUUUCUUAAGAGAUUUUGCGUUAUGACAUCUCCGCUAGUCAUUUUCUUCUCCAUGGUUUUUACCGACUUGAUAGAAUUGUAUUUAGUUUAUCUUUGUUGUUAUAAAUAGGUCCUGUUAUGUACAAAAGUAUUUUCUACGCAUGACGGUGGUACCUACAUAAUGUGAUAUAUUGUAGCAAAUAAAUAUAUAUUUUUAA